UGUGUUCAACCAUGCGGUCAGGAGAGCCACCCGGGGACACACUGAGGCUUUAAACUGACUGCUUAUUUGAAUGGAAGAAGAGCGGACACACAGCCACCCGCCUCCAAAAUAAGAGGGGAUUCUUUUAUUCACUUUAAUGCUUUAACUUCUCUCUUUUGGUUCAUGUAAAAAGCUCUACAGAUUCCUAUCUAAGACUAAACAAUGGAUGCGCCCCCACAGACAAAGACAGUUGGAAGCCUCCAGUCUCCCUCAGCAGCUAACCUGGCCACGUUGCAGUCCUACAGGCCCCUUCUGAGCGACUAUGGCCCUCCAUCUCUGGGAUUCUCACAGGGCUCCAGUGGCAGCCAAGUGCCUCAGAACAAAUAUGCAGAGCUGCUGGCCAUCAUCGAAGAGCUUGGAAAAGAGAUCAGGCCCACAUAUGCUGGAAGUAAGAGUGCAAUGGAGAGACUGAAAAGAGGAAUAAUCCAUGCCAGAGGGUUGGUGCGUGAAUGCUUGGCUGAGACCGAGAGAAACGCGAGGUCCUAGCUACGGACACACAUUCCUCCGUGCAAGAAGAACUAACAGUGGGCUACUCGUGAAGAAAAAACUUGCAUGGCAUUUCCUUCGAGAAGAGGAACUAAAUGAACAAAGGAUGGAAAAGCAAGCUCCUAGCGAGACAAAAAAAAAAAAAUACAAUAACACAGUUCAUGACUCCUGAGGGUUCUGGAGGAUCAUUUAAAUCAUGUGUGGGUUACUGGAAUUCAUAUGAAAGGAUAUCAUGUGUUUUUAUGCCCCACUUUUGGGAUCUUAGUUUUGACUUCAUAUUUAAAAAAAAAAAAAAAAAUUUGAUUUAUGCAUGCGAACAGGCCUGGGGGUUAAUUGUAGACAGUGCAUGACUUGUACAGGGGUAGAUGGACAAGGCUUGUUUUUGAUAGUAUUCUGGUCUGUUUUUCAGACCCUAAUAAAACACAUGACUGAGUGAGUGAGGGGCAGAAAUGUGCCAAAUGCAUCGGUUCAUUCGUGUUGAGGUUGGUUUUGGUAUUACAAAAAAAAAAAUGGAAAAUGCUGUUACUUGCAUCUUUGUAUGUAUUUAUUACUCAGUGUAAUAAAUUGUAUUUUCAA